AUGGCGUCUUUGAUUCUCAUUUCCCCCGUAGUAUUUCUCUUAUUUGCAACAUUCUACCACCUUGGUGAGGCCAACACAUUCAUUGUGGGAGGAUCAUUUCCCGGAUGGAGAGUUCCAGAUCCAGCCAACAACACUCUCCAACAUUGGGCUGACUCCCGUCGAUUCCGAGUCGGAGACACUCUUGAGUUUUACUACGACAGCAAGAACGAUUCGGUGUUAGAAGUGACAAAGGAAAACUACAAAAACUGCAUUACAGAAAAACCAUUGAAUGAAUACAGAGCGGAACCCACGAUGGUGACACUUAAUGUCUCAGGUCCACACUAUUUCAUCAGUGGAGCUCCAGGUCAUUGCACUAAAUAUGAGAGAUUGAUCGUUGUGGUACAGUCACCUAAUCAUCCCCCCAUGCCCACUCCCAAGCCAGUACCUGGCGCUGCUCCACCAACUCCUUCUUCAGAAUCACCUACUUCUCCGACAGCUCCAGCACCAGCUCCGAACACUGCCGUUGGGUUGGUUGCAGGAAGUGGCAUCUUCUGGGCCAUUGUUGCUAUCAUUGGGUUUGCUUGGGCCUAA